AUGGCUUCGAUUGAAACCGUCAAGUGCUACUGUUGCGGCUUAACGGAGGAGUGUACACGGCCGUACAUUGAUCGUGUUCGUGAGUGUUACCAUGGCCGUUGGAUUUGCGGAUUAUGCGUCGAGGCGGUGAAAGACGAAACGGUGAAAUCGCAGAGAGAUAUUAGCACUGAUGAGGCGCUGAAGCGACACAUGAAUUUCAGAGCUUUAACUUCGAGUCCUCCUGAAAAAUCUGAUAUCGAUUUGAUUCUUGCUGUGAAACAUCUUUUCUUUAGGGGUUUGGAUUCUCCGAGGAAAGAAGGUUUGAGUUUUGGUAGAUCGCGCGGCUGUUUUUCUUCUACUGUGAAUGGAACGACACAGGGAGUGAAAGAGGGAGAGACGAGUUAG